AUGCAGGCGAGUAAGGUGGUGUGGUUGCUUGCCGCGCUUGCCGCGGGAGGAGCAGGAGGAGCAGAAAAAGCAGGAGAAGCAGGGCAAGUAUCAGAGGGGACAGGAAGAUUUAUUGCGGUCGAUGGCGGUGGAGAACAGAUAUGGGAAAUUAACCAGCAGCGAUGGAAUCAAUGGUUCUGGGCAGGACUGGCAGCAUCCGUGCGGGAAAGUUGCAGGUUGAACCACCUCGAUGGAGGAAGAUUCGACGUAUGUUUGAACGAGUUCAGGAGGGACAACAUCACCUAUGCUCUGCCCGAGUUUCGAUUCCCUGUGUUUGUGAUCAACAUACCAGCGAGACAAGACAGAAGGAUGCACACAGAAGCUCUCCUGUCCUCCUUGGGAUUCGAGAGGGUGGAAUUUUUCAAUUUGACACUAGCAGAGGACAUUUCUUUGAGCGAUGAGGUUGCGAACGGGCGUCUGAGUGGAGAACUGUUGAAGGUUGCGAUGAGUGGGGAGGAGGUAGCCAGGUAUAGAAUAGCGGGAGUUCGAGAUCACUGUAGAAUCUUACAGAGGAUGCGAGGAAAAGGUACCAUGAUUGGGAUUUUUGAAGACGAUUUGAUACUUCCAGGAUCUAUAGAACAUGCUUCAUCUCGAAUCAAAGAAGCUCUGCUUGCAUUGCCCGAAGAUGCUGAUCUUUUGUACCUUGAGUUCUGCGGAGAGACUUGUUCGCUGCUGCGAUACUGGACCGAGAGGCAGAGGCUGGCUCGCGGAUUCAGUCCCAAAUGUUCGGGAUCAAUCAUCUUCACUGAGACUGGGAUCGUCCGAGCAGAGCGUCUUAUCUGCUCCUCAGCUUCUGACGCGAUAGACAUCAUGUACGGGGAUCUGAUCUUGCGAUCUGAACUGCGGGCAUACCUUACCAUUCCCCCCGUGUUCUACCAAGAUCAGCAUUGGGGCUCAAAUUCCUGGACAAGACCGCGCGAAGUUCAUCGUUCAGCAUGCUCUGCUGUAGAGGAUCAUGUUGACCCUGACGCACACAGACGGAAGACUGUCACGCGACCUCACAAUGCUAACUUGAUCGCCUGCGACCUCUCAGUCGAAGAUUUGCGCGGUUUGGAAAUCGCAUGGACAGCAAGGAUAGAAGCAUCUAAAGUUCAUUCUUACAUGGCCUGGGAGGCUAUCUUGCCGCUGGCGGUGAUACAACGGUGGACUGACAUAAAAGGAGCCAGUGAGGUGCUGCUGAAUACAAGAUCUUCUCCUGACUUCUUUCCGGAUUCCAAUUUUGCUCUCUCGUACAUGAUCGAGAUUGGAAGCAGAAACUUUGGAGCCUUGGGAGCAAGCGCGAUCAUUUCUGCCAGUCUAUAUUCAACGAAUAUAUCUUGUCCUGUCGAUAUUGGCACGCUAACGGUUCACGCGGAAGCCGCUAAGAGUAUGAUGCAGUUGGCUGAACAUAAGGACCAGCACGCGCAGCUCAACCAUAAGAUCUUGAGAGCUGAGUCGCAGGGCCUGGCAGUGCAGAUCAUCAUCGUAUGGGCUGCCUGA